AUGACGGUCUACACUACUGAUCACUCUGCGUCUGUUCUUCAGACCCAUAACUGGCGCACGGCAUGCAAUUCCGCCGCCUAUCUCCUCCCAUACAUAAUCCCAACCUCGAAGAUCCUCGACAUUGGCUGUGGCCCCGGUUCAAUUACUCUCGACUUCGCGCGCCGCGCACACCAAGGCCAUGUUACUGGUAUUGAAUAUGUAUCUGACCCGCUAGACCAAGCCCGCGGGCUGGCAGCGUCUCAGGGGGUAACGAACAUUGAAUUCCGUGUGGGGGACAUCCACUCUCUCGAGUUCCCCGAUAAAACCUUCGAUAUAGUUCAUGUACAUCAGGUGUUACAGCAUAUUGCGGACCCAGUCAAGGCAUUACGGGAGAUGCGUCGUGUCACGAAACCCGGCGGUAUUGUCGCUGCAAGAGAAUCAGCCGCCAUGACUUGGUAUCCUGAAAACAAGGGCAUCGAGGCAUGGCUUGAUAUUACUACGCGGAUGGCGAAGGCUAUGGGUGGCAAUCCUCAUCCAGGACGAUCGAUUCAUGUGUGGGCCGAGGAGGCGGGGUUUGAGCGCUCAAAAGUUCAGAAGAGCACUGGUUCGUGGUGCUUUAGUACCCCCGAGGAGAGACAAUAUUGGGGUGGGUCGAUGGGCGAAAGAGCGAGGUCAUCGGGGUUUGCGAAGACAGCGGUCGAGAAAGGGUUCGCAACGAAGGAGGAGCUGGAUAGGAUCUCCAAUGGGUGGAAGGAGUUUGUGGAUGGGGAGCAUGGAUGGUUUGGCUUGUUGCAUGGUGAGAUUCUGUGUCGGAAGUAG